UAACAACUGCAGUGCAGCCUGUAGGUUGUGUAGUCGGCUGUUUUAAGGACGAGAGCAGGUUUACAGUACGCAAAAGAGGCUAUUUCAAAUGUGAUGGCGCAUCAAAGGCAUUUUCACCAGUUUAGUUAUUUAUGUUUGGUUUGAAGAGAGGGGAUGGAUGUCCGAAUGGUGCUGGGCGAGCCGGAUAAUGUUCUCCAGGCCAAUAAUCCUCCCGAUGCAGGAAGUGGCUAUUUGAAGCAUCCCAGUGAGGAGCAGGACAGAAGCUCCAGCCCAUCUGUCUUUCAUUCUGUGACCAACACACGGAAGGAGGGUCUUUUAAAUCGAAAGAGACCUUUUGUUGGAAGGUGCUGUCACUCUUGCACACCCCUGAGUCAGGAAAGGCUCUUCAAUCCCAGCAUCCCCUCACUUGGGCUCCGUAACGUGAUUUACAUCAAUGAAACGCACACAAGACACAGAGGUUGGCUAGCAAGGAGACUGAGCUAUAUGCUGUUUGUCUUGGAGAGGGAUGUCCAGAAGGACAUGUUCGCUCGCAACGUGGUGGAGAACGUGCUCAAAAACAGCAAGGUUGAAAGCGCUAUUGUGGAAGUAGCGGCAGAGGAUGGUCAUACAGAUGACGAAUCUGGAGCGGAUCCCAAAGCUGCCAGUAAAGUCAGACGGAAGGCCAGAGGAUUCCUACAAGAAAUGGUGGCCAAUAUCUCACCUGCCUUUAUCAGAUUAACAGGAUGGGUAUUGUUGAAACUAUUUAAUGGCUUCUUCUGGAGCAUUCAGAUUCAUAAAGGUCAACUUGAGAUGGUCAAGAAAGCUGCAUCUGAGUACAAUGCUCCUCUGGUCUUCCUUCCUGUUCACAAGUCCCACAUAGACUACCUGCUCAUCACCUUCAUCCUCUUCUGCCACAACAUCAAAGCCCCUCACAUCGCCGCUGGCAACAACCUCAACAUCCCCAUCUUAAGCACACUGAUUCGCAAACUUGGAGGAUUCUUCAUUCGGCGUAAACUGGAUGAGACCUCUGAUGGAAAGAAAGAUGUAUUAUACAGAUCGCUGUUACAUGCAUACACGGAAGAAUUGUUGCAGCAGCAGCAGUUUCUGGAGGUGUAUUUAGAGGGCACGCGCUCUCGCAGUGGAAAGCCGUCUCCAGCACAUGCGGGCAUGCUGUCCAUUGUGGUAGACACACUUUGUAUCAGUAGCAUCCCAGAUGUUCUCAUCGUGCCUGUUGGGAUCUCAUAUGACCGCAUUAUUGAGGGAAACUACAAUAGUGAACAGCUGGGAAAACCUAAGAAAAAUGAAAGUCUGUGGGGUGUGGUCUGCGGUGUGUUCAGAAUGCUCAGGAAGAACUAUGGCUGUGUUCGUGUGGAUUUCACUCAGCCCUUCUCUCUUAAGGAAUACCUGGACAUGCAACGAUGUCGGCAUCUCCAACCCAACAUCACACUGGAGCAGAUCCUACUCCCUACCAUCAUCGCUGCACAGCCUGAUCAGGCUGUGUUUAACGGAGAAGAUGGAGAUAAUCUCAAUUCUAGAGACCUUUCAGAUGAGCCCUGGAGGAGGCAGGUCAUUGCUAACCUGGCCAAGCACGUGCUUUUCACUGCCAGUAAGUCAUCAGCAAUCAUGUCAACUCAUAUCGUGGCCUGCCUCCUCCUGUAUCGACACAGGCAGGGUGUGCUUCUGUCUAAAUUGGUGGAGGAUUUCUUCAAUAUGAAGGAAGAGAUCUUAUCACGGGACUUCGACCUGGGCUUUUCUGGGAACUCGGAAGACGUGGUCAUGCAUGCACUCAGCCUUUUGGGAAACUGUGUGAAUGUCACCAGCACCAACAAAAACACAGAGUUCAUCAUCGCCCCCAGCAACACUGUGCCCGCACUCUUUGAGCUCAAUUUCUACAGCAAUGGCCUUUUCCACGUUUUCAUUGCCGAUGCAAUUAUAGCAUGUAGCACACUGACCCUGUUGAGAGAGCAAGCUGCAGUAACUUCAGAGAGUGAGCAGAAUUCUUCCUCGACGCUGCUCAGCCAAGAGAGACUGAUCCGCAGAGCUGCAGGCCUCUCCCACUUCCUGUCCAAUGAGGUGGCAUUGGCACUGCCGUGUCAGACUUUGUAUCAGGUCUUCCAUGAUGCCAUCACCAGAUUAAUCGAAUAUGGCGUGCUGAUUGUGGCUGAGGAUGACCAGGAGGAGUUAAGUCCAUCUGAGGAACCUUGGCCCAAAAAGUUUCCUGAGGCUCUUUCCUGGCGAAGCGAUGAGGAGGAUGAAGACAGUGAUUUUGGAGAUGAACAGAGAGACCGGUAUAUAAAGGUGAGCGCAUCUGCUGAGCACCAGGAAUUUUUUACUUUCCUGCAAAAGAUUGUCACCCCUGUGUUAGAAGCCUACAGUGGUGCAGCUAUCUUUAUACACAGCCUGAGUUCAUCCAUGUCUGAAAGAGAGUACACCCAGAAGCUUUUCAAAUAUCUGCUAACACGCACAGAGAGAGGAGUGGCUGCAUAUGGAGAGAGUGCCACACACUACCUCGUAAAGAAUACAGUGAAAACAUUUAAAGAGCUGGGGGUGCUUAAAGAAAGACGAGAGGGUUCUGUGUGUUAUCUGGAGCUGAGCAGUGCUUUCUUACCUCAGGCCAACAGGAACAAACUCCUGCAGUACAUUCUGGGUUUCAGCCUACUGUGAGCCACAUGCUUGGAUCAUCAACACAGCCGCCCAGCUCAUCUUCCCCUUCGCCACCCCACUCAAGGGCUUUUUACAGGCUAGUCAUGAAGGUCAAAGGUGCUACUCUAAGGAAAGCUUUACCUGGAAGUGCCUUCACUGAACACCUCAUGCUAUACUCGAGUUAGUCUUCCGUUCACUGUGAAACUCACCACUUAUGUACCACUGAAUACACAAGUAGUUUACUCACCACUCUUUUUUAUGGAAAGCCUCCACUAAUGCUGUAGUUGUGGAUUACUGUACUAAUUUUGCCAUUGUAAGUUAAAUCUUAUCUUUUCUUAGCUAUGAGCAUUUAUAUGGUGUUAGUCUGUCUGGUUGUAGGUUUUUUUUUUUUUAUUAUUACUCCGAUCAGAACAUGAAUGUCACUCAUGAGAACAGGCUGCCUUCAGUUUUAACAAGCAUACUUCAAGGUAAUGGCAAGUGUACAGAAAUCUUUAAAAAGGGCAUUUAGUUGUUUGUUUUUAAAUCACUAGUACUGUUUAGAGCAUUUAAAGUGAAUAACAUUCUAGCAUUUGCUCAAAAUAAUCUUGUGGCAGACAUUUGGUAGAAUGAGGUGACUAUGCAGAUGACCAAGUGUUCACUUAAUAAUGGCCCGGUGGAAAUUGCACAACAGUUACUUCAAGACUUUGAGUGGGACAAAAAAUGGUUACUGAGAAAUUUGUUCCGUUAGUGGAUCGUUAAAGGUCAGUUCUUGUUUAUCCACUUAGUCACUUUCUAUGGGUGCAAUUGGACAUCCAUAAAGAAUACUUAUUUCAUGCGUAUUGUGUAACAGCAAACAGUAGAUAAAUGUAAUGGUCUUAGCAGGCCGGGAGUAUCAUGUGUGCAGCAACAGGGGAAACAUUACUGGAAAUUGCUUGAAACUUGGCUGGCUAUUUUAAGAUUGAUCACAGAUCUCUUAUGUAAUAUUUGAAGGUGAGUUCCCUUUGCAGCCAAGCACUUUUAUUCCGUCCUCAGUUUCUGUCAUAUUUUCUAUAAGGGUUAAGAUGCUCUGCAAUGAAUUUUCUGUACAUCUGUGUAAGUGUGUGUGCAUGUGUGCAAUAUGUCUUUAGUAUGUGUAUAAAUCUAUUUUGCUACAAGCCUGUAAGAAGCACAGAGAACAAGAAUGCUGAAAAGGUACAUGUUGCCAUGAUAACGAUAUAUUCAAAAGUGCAAUUUUGUGUUUGUUAGAAAAUGGAUAUUGAGCUUGUAGAAAGUCAAGAGAACACUGCAAUGGUUCAGUGGCAUUUUAAUUGUUAUUAAGUGUGACAAAAGACUUGACUAUUUAAAGACCCAACAGUUUAUCUUUUCAAUUUCCAAGCCUUUUCUGCUAAUUCAUCAACAUCUUUUUCUUAUGUUGUGCAUUAUCCAGGCAUGACUCUUGUUUGUUUUGGCAAGUCUUUUUAGUGAAUGUGAAAAGCUACUCUUGGAAAAGGGAACUUCUGUGAGUGAGCCUUUGGUAUAUCUAUGUGAGAGCUCAAUUUGUAUUAGGGACUUUCCAGUGCCUGUGUUUCACCUGCAUUGCACUGGAUAAACUGCAAGAAUGUAGUUAGGCGUGUACACCUGUGGAAACUACUGGACACCGUUUGUUUUGAAUGUGAUAGGGUUCCCAUGGUCAUUGAAAACUUGGAAUUAUCCAGACUGAUCACUCUGAAUUCAACAACAGUAAAGCCGUGGCCAAAAGUAUUGGCAGUGACAUACAUUUUGUGUUUCGCAAAGUUUUCUGCUUCAGUUGUUGUGGUGUUGAUUCAUGUUGUUUCUAGAUUAUUGUGCAGAGGGAUCAGAUGCAUUUUAAAUAAUUGCAAAAAGCCAAAAAUAAAAUUACUAUCACAAAUAAAACUAAUUUCACUGUUUUUUGGUCCUGGCACAAAAUGACCAGUCUCCUCCUGAGGAGUCAGCUAUGGAAUCGUGUCACCACCAGUGCAGAGCUUGCUCAAUAUUGGCAGCAGGUUGGUGUGAGUGCAUCUGCACGCACAGUGAGGCGAAGACUUUUGGGCAAUGGCCUGGUGUCAAGAAGGGCAGCAAAGAAGCCACUUCUAUCCAAGAGAAACAUCAAGGACAGACUGAAAUUCUGCAGGAAGUACAAGCAUUGGACAGCGAAGACUUGUUCAAAGUUAUUUUCUCUGAGUAAGCCCCCUUCCGACUGUUUGGGACAUCUGGAAAAUCGAUAGUCCAGAGAAGAAAAGGUGAACGCAACCAUGAUUCCUGUGUCGUGCCAACAGUGAAGCAUCCUGAGACCAUCCAUUUUCAUCCAAGGGAGUGGGCUCUCUCACAAUUCUGCUCAAAAACACUGCCAUGAAUAAAGAAUGGUAUCAAAACGUCCAGCAAGAGCAACUCCUUCCAACGAUCCAGGAGCAAUUUGGUGAUGAUCCGUGCAUUAUCCAGUAUGAUGGAGCACCAUGUCACAAGGCAAGAGUGAAAAUGAAGUGGCUCUGAGAUCAUUACAUUGAACUUUUGGAUCCGUGGCCAGGCAACUCCCCGGAUCUUAAUCCCAUAGAGAUCCUGUGGACAAUCCUCAAAAGGCGAGUGAAUAAGCAGAAGCCCACAAAUUGUGAUCAACUCCGAGCACUAAUAAGGCAAGAUUGGAAAGCCAUCAGUCAGAAUUUGAUCCAGAAUAUCCAGCAUGCCAGAGCAAAUUGCAGAGGUUAUGAAGAACAAGGGUCAACACUGUAAAUAUUGACUCUUUGCAUAUAUUUAAUGUUUUUGCCAAUAAAAGCCUUUAAAACUUAUGAAAUGCUUAUAAUUUUUUUCCAGUAUAGAAACAUGUUAAAAAAUAUUCUACAAAUACUGAAGCAGCAAACUUUGCAAAACACAAAAUUUAUGUCACUGCCAACACUUUUGGCCACGGCUGUAGGGCGAAAGUUUAGCUCCUUAAAUCGCUCUGUGCUUCCCGAAAUUAAAAUGAAUGCCCGCAGUAGCUGAAGCUGGAAAUGUUGAACGUAUGGGCGGCACAUGUGAGAUGCAGUUUCUGGGUGAGAUGUCCAUAGAAUGGCACCAAAAGCAGGUUGUACUUUUAGUUGUAAAUGGUGUAAUACAGUCAACAGGAAUGCAUAUUUUAUUAAGUCCUAAACCUUAUCGUCAGUGCAGUACAAAUGUAAUUUGAGCGAAAAAUGUAUGUGAAGAUGAUAACUUUUUGGUUACAGGACCAGAAUCCAUUUAUCGUUGAGUUCUCAUGCUACAUUAGUGCAAUUUGUAGCACCAGAAAAAAAUUUGUUCACACUAUAUUAAUGCAAAAAUGCAUGACGGGAGAUGGCACCUGUCAGGAAUUCGGCAGACUGGGGUUGAUUUCAGGGUACAUAACUUUCGGAAGCGACAUUUCGAUUUCCUGUGCGAUCAUGUUGAUUUCCAGGGCAGGAAAAGUUAUGGAAAAGUUUUGGAAAUGUUGUGAAUAGUGAACAUGUUUCUAGUUAGCUAGAAACUUGUUCGUGCUAUCUCUAAAACUGAUAUUUAAUCUUUAACUUAUGAAUGCAAGAUCAGUUGUGGGAACCCUGAUGAUUAUUAACUAUAUAUUAGAUGAAGUAUUUUGAAAAUGUUUUUAGGGUAUCUAAGCUAAAGCCUGUAAAGGUUGGGUAAAUAACUUGUAUGUAAUAACUUAUAUUACACUAAUAACUUUAAAAAAGUCUCAAAUGUAUUAUGCACAUGCUGUAUUAAGGCAUAUGUUUGUGCAGUUAUUUACCCCUGUUGUCCCAUGCACAAAAUAGUUGCUCUUGUGUCACCUUGGCAGCAAUUGUAAGGUAUAAAUUAGCAAUACACAGUUUUUGAGUCAAAGGAAACAAGAAUUGGCAAAAUGUAAUUGUUUCAUAAUACAAUGUGUAAAUGUGUUCAAUAACCAAGGACAGUUGUUUACUGUAUAUUUGAGAUUUACAUGACUAUUAACAUCCACAUGCAUUUCUUUCCCGUCAGACAGCAAUAAUUCAAUUGUCAUUUGUCCCAUGUCCAUUGACGUGGGCAUGUACUCCACUAAUCCCAAGUGAAGUGUGGGUUAUUGCUCAGCAAUAAAUCCAAGUUGCACUAAAUGUGAACAAUACAUUUACAUUUAGAUUUUGAAAGAAACCUAGAAAGCAAAUAUUAAGGUAGUAAUAUUUUAUAUUCCUCAUGUCAACUAAUGUUUUCCUCUGCCUUCUCUUAGUUGUCAUCUAAGUGAUAAUAUAGCAUUUAAAAUCAACCUUGUAUACAAGGAAGAGAUCCCACAAUUGUAUUGUGGGAUGGGGAGUUUACUAAAAACAAAUGCAUAAAAUGAUGUUUGCUCUGGCAUCUGGUUAAUCAAUGGGGCUUCUUAUUGAGCUCUAAAUCCUGCAGACAGAAUGCUUUUUAAAUUAUGCAGUAGAACUGUUUUCUAUACUUUGGCAUGUUUGCUGAAUGUAGCGAUGUUGUUGUAAAAGAGGAAAUUAUCCUAGCACUGAAGCCAGACUUACUAGUACUGCUUACUCUCAGUCGUUACUCUUUGUUUUUCUGUAAAACUAUGACAUUUUCAUGCU